GGCGCGAUCUAUGGGUGAUGGUGGUAUCAGCGUCACCGUACGAGCACAUGCUUGGCAAGCCCGACGUCAAGUACGUCGCUAACAUCCACGGCAACGAAGCCGUCGGUCGGGAACUGCUACUACACCUCAUUCAGCACUUGGUCACCUCCUACGACAGCGACCCCUACAUCAAAUGGUUAUUAGACAACACCAGGAUCCAUCUGAUGCCGUCCAUGAACCCCGACGGUUUCGCCAUCUCUAAAGAGGGACAAUGCGACACCAUUCACGGCAGACACAACGCCCGUCGGUACGACCUGAACCGCAACUUCCCAGAUUACUUCAAGGCCAACACGAAGCAGCCGCAACCCGAGACGGAGGCGGUCAAGGAAUGGAUCUCCAAGAUCCAGUUCACGCUGUCGGGGUCGCUGCAUGGCGGCGCCCUCGUCGCCUCUUACCCGUUCGACAACACGCCUAGUGCCAGACUAUGCAGAUCUUCAGUCCUGUGCUCAGUUUUCCAAAGCUACGCGCACUCCCCCUCGAUCGCCCCGGACGACGACGUGUUCCGCCACUUGUCGCUGGUGUACUCCAACAACCACGCCAAGAUGUCGCGAGGUGUCUCCUGCAAGUCGGGCUCGCCGCGCUUCGAGCACGGGAUCACUAACGGUGCCGCAUGGUACCCCCUUACAGGUGGAAUGCAGGACUACAACUAUUUGUGGCACGGGUGCAUGGAAAUCACAUUGGAAAUCUCCUGCUGCAAGUAUCCCCCGGCGCACGAGUUACCCAAGUAUUGGCAGGAUAACAAAGAGUCAAUGAUCAAGUACCUAGCCGAGGCGCACCGCGGCGCGCACGGGUUCGUGAUGGACGAGAACGGCAACCCGGUGGAGCGCGCGUCCGUGCGCGUCAAGACACGCGACGUCGCCUACCACACCACACGCUACGGCGAGUUCUGGCGCAUUCUGCUGCCCGGCACCUACCGCCUCGAGGUUACUGCCGAAGGCUACUUGCCACAAGAAGUAGAAUUCAUCGUUAUCGAUAGCCACCCCACUCUACUUAACGUCACUUUACAUUCGGCUAAGCGCAUCGAUGGCGGGCCGUACUACCGGCCGCUGGUGCCGACGCGGCCGCACGCGCCGCCGCCGCCGCCUGGCAUCUUCGCCUCGCUAUCUAAUUCUUUCAACAGCUUCGUGUCUAAUAUCUUUGGCUGAGCGGACAAACUCAACCUGAACGCGCAGACAGAACCCGGUUACACAUUUGGCUAGGUAGUGGUUUAGUUCACACUGUUGGCAGACUUAUAAAGCCCUAUAAUCUAUCAGUAUUUUCAAAUAGGGUUCAAAGAACAUAGUUUUACACCGUUGGGAACGAAUCUCUUUGUAGUUUGAUCAAUUCUAUUUUCUUCAGACUACUUGGUUAUUAAGUUUGUUACUCAUUGCUCAUAAUUAUUAGCAAACAUUGUUUUUUUAUGACAACUAUUAUGUAGUAGCCUGCCGACUAGUUUUUAGACUAUUUUGGCAAUAUAAUUAAAAUCUAAAUAAAGAUGGUCUCAUAAUACUAAAUGCUUCUUUAUCGAGAAUUCAGAUUUCAAAGAGAAAGUUUGAAACAGCGUAGCAUUAUUAUUGUAAAUAUAGGUUAAUUUAUUAUAGUAAUUUAGUUAAAGUGUUAAGUUUAAUUUAUUUUAUUAUUUACAUGACAAAAUAAAAUAAUAAAGCCAACAAA